AUGGCCAGCAUUCUACUGCUUUUCCUCGCCGCCUCCUGCUGCGCAUGUCUCUGUCUCGCUGACGGCGACACCUCGUUGGAGUUUGAGACUCGCGCUCUAGAAUUCCCCCACAAAUCACAAGAAGAGAAGGAUCUGAUUGAAGCUUUGCAAGAAGUUCUGGAGAAACUGAAGAACAAACAGAUGCCGCUAUCAGAAAAGAAGCUCGGCUGGCUGCCGUCGUGUGACGCGGGCGAGCAGUGCGCUGUUCGCAAGGGUGCGCGUGUCGGAACGCUGUGCGGGUGUCCGCGUGGGACGACCUGCAACUUUUAUGUCCUCAAGUGUUUGUAA